UAUUCCUUUGUUUCAAACAAAAGGGCCGGUCAGGUCUUUUCCUUGUUAUUUCGCACGCUAAGCACAAACAACUCCCAACUCCAACAACAGCAAUGAUCUUCGUUUUCUUUCUCUUCUUCCUUAACUAGCCGCCCUUAUCUGUCACUUUUCAGGGUUUGCUAUUAUGUUGGAGUUAACUGUUUAAAACACUUUUGGGAGGCUUUAAAUGAAAGGGUCAGCUUUGAUAUCUUAUCAGGGUUUCAGGGAUCAUUGUUGAUUCAGUCAACUCAACCGUGAAGACUUAGGUCAAAAUUUGCAGUGGCCUUUUAAGAAAGAGAAUUGAACGAUUAGAAAAAUCUCUUGAAGUCGUCUCCUUUGUUAAUUUGGAGAUGAAAAGAGAAUUUCUUACCCAGUUUGAGUUUUUUUCUUUUUUUUGAUUGUUGAUAUUAGAUUUUGUUUAUUGGGGUUUUACCUUGGUUACUGUGCAUCAUUAAUACGCUGUAUUGAGUAUGGGCAACAUUGAAUGAAGUAAUUAAGGUUCCAGGAGUUGAUUUUGCUAUGUUUCUCUCCUUUGAUAUUACUUGGAUGCAACGCAGAAUAAGUGAUGCUUCAUUUGUAGCUUAGAUUUUUAUGGUGUUUGAGAGCUAACUCAUUGAGAAUGGCUGCCUCUAUGUUUGGUCUACUCUUGUUUAUGCAAUUAUCAACAUUCUUUGCCUCUGGGAUCGAAGUAAAGUCGAAGAUUUGUGGUGCGGAUCACAUAGCGUACUCGAAUUUGUAUGGUACUGAAUUGUUUUAUUUGAACGGCAAUCAAGUAGAUAAAGUUUUGUUCUGCAAGGUCCUACAGUUGCACUAUGCAGAUCAUUGUGAGUUGGAAGGCUAUAGUGGAGCCAAUUGUGGUUUGGACGUUUCAUUAGUUGAUUUAUCAGUAGGAGGAGGCCGAAAAUUAUUGCAAGAGCCGAAAAAAGAAGAUGAGGGACCUGAUGAUGACCUGAAGGGGAAUAAUGGAAAAUAUCCGGCCUCAACAAAAGUAGGGUUAGGAGCAGCAGCUGGAGUGUUGUUAACCUGUGUUUUUAUUUGCCCCUGUCUUUACAGGAAAAAGAGAGCAACUGACCACACUGUUCUUUCAAAGGAUGCAAAUUCGAUUGAUUCAGCUGCCCCUUUAGAAAUGAGUAUUCAUUCUCUUCCUGAGAAGGUUCCGGCCAGCCCACUUAGGAUACCACCUAGUCCUUCAAGAUUCUCAAUGUCUCCACAACUCAAUAGAAUCAGGUCAGUGCAUCUCAAUAUGACCCAGGUGGCCAGAGCUACCCGUAAUUUCUCUUCCGCUCUAAAGAUAGGCGAAGGAGGGUUUGGAACUGUUUACAAGGCCCAGCUAGAUUCUGGCCAGAUGGUUGCCAUUAAACGAGCAAAAAAGGAACAUUUUGAGAAUCUGCAAACUGAGUUCAGCAGUGAAGUUGAACUUCUAGCCAAGAUCGAUCAUAGGAACCUUGUGAAGCUACUUGGUUAUGUUGAUAAAGGGAAUGAACGGCUUAUCAUUACAGAAUAUGUACCAAAUGGUACUUUAAGAGAACAUUUGGAUGGUCAGCACGGCAAAAUCCUGGAUUUCAAUCAGCGUCUUGAAAUUGCUAUUGAUGUUGCUCAUGGCCUUACAUACCUCCAUGUUUAUGCAGAGAAGCAAAUCAUUCACCGAGACGUGAAGUCAUCCAACAUUCUUCUGACAGAAAGCAUGAGAGCUAAAGUGGCUGAUUUCGGAUUUGCAAGAGUUGGCCCAAUGGACUCAGACCGAACACAUAUUUCAACCAAAGUGAAAGGAACAGUUGGUUACCUUGAUCCUGAGUACAUGAAAACCUAUCAACUCACAACCAAGAGUGAUGUGUACUCUUUCGGGAUUUUACUUAUUGAAAUUCUCACUGGCCGCCGUCCCGUGGAGCUAAGGAGGCCAGUUGAAGAGCGUGUGACACCUAGAUGGGCCUUCAACAAGUAUAAUGAAGGACAUGUGGUGGAAUUGGUGGAUCCAAGGAUGGAAGUGGUAGAUGCAGAGAUACUAACGAAGAUGUUUGCAUUGGCAUUUCAAUGUGCAGCACCUGUUAGAAGUGACCGUCCGGAGAUGAAAUCUGUGGGAGAACAGUUAUGGGCAAUUAGGGCUGACUAUGUUAAGACCUCAAGCCGAGGGUAACUCUACAUUAUCUAAAACUAGUUCUCACCUCACCUCUCCCCUUGGCUCAAAUCUUGGUUUUCUUUUUCUUUCUUUUACUGCUACUGUUUGCUGUUGUUCUUUCUUUUGGAGCAUACCGUGUAAUAUCCAAAUUUGGUGUUAACCAAAAGCUAUGAUUCGCUGUUCGAUCCUUUUUAUAAUAGCCUCUUUGACUGUGUCAAAUGGAAA